AUGAGCUCGCUCGUCCUAUCGCUCCCGGUCGUAUCCCCACUAGCUACACGUGUACUAGAGCUUUCUGGCUUCUCACCACUGCUGCGCACACACGAUUUGUAUGCAGUGGUGCGCGAUGCUGGCGCCGAAGAAGGCAGCAUUCGCGUCAAAUGGCACAACGACACGACCGCGUACGUGGUCUUCCAGGACCCUAGUGUAGCGAAGCUUGUAUAUAUACGACUCGUAUGUGCACCGCCAGCGCUGCUCUUGUCUACAUACCUGGGGGAAGACGACGCGGGCACGGCACCCCCAAACGCCCCCCAAAACAGCAGCGCUGCGUCCCACGCCAGCGCACAGCUGCUCCAUACCUAUGCCGCCGUUCGGCCAUGCCGCGGCCAAGAAGCAGAUUUGCUUAUUGCGGCGGUUGGAAUGUCCGUGCCGGAACGGCGGCCGUACGCAAUCUCUCGCACGUGGGAUACGCCCACAGCGCCGGAUCGUGGCCAUCCGAACGAGCGCGGUUUUGGCCACCGCAGGCUGGCAAGCGGUGCAGCGCUACCAAACAAGCCGAUGCACACGCCGGAAGCAAGCGGCGCGCCUUUGGCCUCUGCGAGCCGCAGGGCAUCUAGCCACAAGGCGCAGAGUACUGCGAGACGCAGUCCCGAUCAUGCGCAUGCGCUGCGUACAUCGCCCCACAAUCAUAGCCUGGGGCCGGGUACGAGCCCCAGUGCCAUAGCCCGGACGUAG